CCGGCUAACAUCAACAUCAGCGGAGCAGAGCCCAGAACACGCACCUCAACACACACUCCAUAACACACUCCUCCAUAACACUGGAGCAGCGCGCGCCGGCGAGACGCUACACUGGGACGCUUUGAUGUCUUUGAUGUAGCGCGCGAGACUGUCUAUGAGUGUCUAUGGGUGUAUGCGGCUGUGUGAGUGUGUGUGAGUGUAUAUGAGAGUGUGUGUGUGCACUGAUUAGAGCUUCUGGACUCUUCUGAAGCUGAAAGCCCGGCAGAACCAUGGAGUACCAUCUCUUCUGGAUCUCCCUAACACUAACCUUGUAUCUCCAGCCCGGAACCUCCUUUAAUCUGGACAUAGAGAACCCGUACGUGUUCUCCGGACCGCAGGGAAGCUACUUUGGGUUCUCUGUGGAUUUCUUCUUCAAGCCUUCUGAUAAACAGUCAAAUGUUCUGAUCGGCGCUCCGAAAGCCAACUCCUCAUCCUCCUCUUCCUCAGUGACGGAGAGAGGGGUGGUCUACAGCUGUCCGUGGGGGCAGGUUGGGGAUUGCAAACAGCUCCUGUUUGAUAACACUGAUGAUCGGCAGGAGAAUGGCGUCCAGAUGGAGUUUAAAUCCAAUCAGUGGUUUGGAGCUACAGUUCGCUCUGAUGGAGAACACAUUCUGGCGUGUGCGCCGCUGUAUCAGUGGAGCACGUACAGUUUUAAGGAACGCGAGCCUGUCGGGACCUGCUACCUGAAGAAAGGAUCCACAGUGGUGGAGUAUUCACCCUGCCGCUCAGAGCGUUCUAUAACACCUGAAGGUCAGGGUUUCUGCCAGGCUGGAUUCAGUGCUGAUAUUAUAAAGAAUAAGCGUGUGGUUGUGGGAGGACCUGGAAGCUUCUACUGGCAAGGUCAGCUGAUCUCGGACGAUAUCUCUGAAGUCAUCAAUCGAAAUAAUCAGAAGUUCGUUACACCAUACAGCAACCAGAUGGCCACCAAGUCGGCCAGCGCCCAGUAUGAUGACAGCUAUUUGGGGUACUCUGUGGCGGUGGGGGAUUUUAAUGCAGACGGUACAGAUGAUUACGCCACCGGCGUCCCGAGAGGAGAGAAAGCUCUGGGAUAUGUAAACAUUUUUAACGGGAAGAAUAUGGAGUCAAUGUUAAAUUUCACUGGCCAGCAGAUGGCGGCUUAUUUCGGUAACGCGGUGGAGGUGACUGAUAUCAAUAAUGACGGGAAGAUGGAUCUGUUGGUUGGAGCUCCUCUCUUCAUGGAGCGAGGUUCUGAUGGGAAGCUGCGGGAGGUGGGACAGGUGUAUGUUUACCUGGGCAAAGAUGGAUUCGCCUUCCUGCCCCCGAUAAAGCUCACCGGCUCUGAGAUUUACGCUCGAUUCGGCAGCGCCAUCACCAGCCUGGGCGACCUGGACAUGGACGGCUUUAACGACGUGGCCAUCGCUGCUCCGUACGGCGGUUCCUCACGGCAGGGUCUGAUCUACAUCCAUAACGGGCGUCCCUCAGGUCCCGAUACUCAGCCCUCUCAGGUUCUGGAAGGGAGGUGGGCGUCGGCCUCAAUGCCUCCCAGCUUCGGAUACUCCAUGAACGGAGCCACGGAUAUAGAUGAGAACGGAUACCCUGAUCUGCUGGUUGGUGUGUUCGGAGCUGACAAAGCUGUUCUGUACAGGGCUCGGCCGGUUAUCAGUGUGAACGCCACUCUGGACAUCACUCCACAGAUCCUGAGCCCAGAGGAUAAGAAGUGCCAGUUACCUGGAACCAGCACCCCGGUGUCCUGUUUCACAGUGAAGUACUGCCUGAAAGCCAGUGGGAAAGGAGCUCCGCCCUCUCUGAAAUUCCAGGUGGAUCUGACUCUGGAUCGUCUGAAGCAGAAAGGAGCGAUUAAGCGAGUUCUGUUCUUGCACACUCGACUCCCUCACUACACCAAAUUCACCACCGUCUCCAACGGCCAGGGCCCGUCCUGCGAGGAGCAGCAGGCCUAUCUUAUAGAUGACUCUGAGUUCAGAGAUAAGAUCACUCCCAUCUCCGUGUUUAUGGAGUACAGUCUGGACUAUCAGAGCGCGGCGGAUAAAUCCGGCCUGAAGCCCAUCCUGGACCAGUCCACCCCCGCCAACCUCACCAAGCAGGCUCAUAUUCUGCUGGACUGUGGUGAAGAUAACAUCUGUAAGCCUGACCUGAAACUGUCUGUGGUCAGUGAUCAGAAGCAGAUCUAUAUUGGAGAUGAUAACCCCCUGACUCUGGAGGUCACAGCGAUGAAUGAUGGUGAGGGGGCGUAUGAGGCGGAGCUUCACGUCAUCAUGCCCCCACAGGCUGACUUUAUAGGGGUGGUCAGAAACAGUGAUACGCUCUCCCGGCUCUCCUGUGCGUAUAAGAAGGAGAAUCAGACCAGAGUAGUGUGUGAUCUCGGAAACCCCAUGAAAGGAGGAACCAAGAUUAUGGCUGGUUUGCGCUUCAGUGUUCAUCAGCUCUCAGAACAGGACACCUCGGUCAAGUUUGAGCUGCAGAUUCAGAGUUCAAACCAGUACAACAACACCAGCAACCUGGUGCCCAUCGUCACCAAACUCGCUGUGCUGGCAAAUGUGGAGAUAAGAGGUGUUUCAGCUCCUGAGCAGAUCUUCCUGCCCAUUGCUAAUUGGCAGCCCAAAGAGAAGCCGGUGUUGGAGGAUGAUAUCGGACCCCUUGUUCAGCACAUCUAUGAAUUGCGUAAUAAAGGUCCGAGUACGUUCACUAAAGCCAUGCUGGACGUGGAGUGGCCGUACCGCUAUAAUAACGGCUCCCUGCUCUACAUCACCAAAUACGAAGUGGACGGAGCCAUGAACUGCAGCACCGACAUGGAGAUCAACCCCCUCAACGUGUCUAACCCCAUGUACUGGGAUAAGAACACCAGCAUAUCUUCAGGUGACCGGGCCGAGGGGGCCAGGAGCCACGUUCACCGCCGGGACCUGAGGGACCAGCAGGCAGAGGGAGAAAUGCUCACCCUGGACUGUGAUAAAGCUCAGUGUUUGAAGAUAAAGUGUCAGGUGGGUCGGUUGGAGAGAGGUCAGAGCGCCAUCCUCUUCGUCUACUCCAGACUGGCAGUGGCCACCUUCCUGCAGACUCAGAGUCAGAACAGAUCCUACAUCGUGAAAUCUCUGGCCUCCUUCAGCGUGAUCGAGAUGCCCUACAAGAACCUGGACUUUGAGCUGCCCACCAAUAAAACCUCAGCCAGUCUGAACGUGGUGUGGGUAUUGGAUGGGCCCACUCCGGCCCCGGUGUGGGUGGUGAUUGUGGCUGUGUUGUCUGGGCUGCUGCUGCUCGCUCUGCUCAUCUUCAUCAUGCACAAGCUGGGCUUCUUUAACCGGGUGCGCCCCCCUCAGGAGGACGGGACGGAGAAGGAGCAGCUCCAGCCACAGGAGAACGGAGAUAGAAACACUGAAGCCUGAGAGAUCCCUGAACACCAGGAAUAACACACUCCUCUUCCUCUCCAAACUUCCCUCCAUCCACACCGAGACUGCAGAGACACUCUGACCACGCCCUCACCAUGACCUCACCGUGACCUCACCGUGACCUCACUGCGACCAGACGCCCACCGUUACCUCCACAGUCCAGACGUCUCAGUCCAGAGAUCUUCUCUGAGUUAGCACUUCCUGUUUGGGAUGUUUGGGAAAACUCAAUUUCUAUAAAAAUACACAGUAUUUAAGUUUCCAAACACACAAAAAUUCUGUAUAUCGGUACAAAACAAGUUUUUUCUGGCUUUUUCGUAGAUUAAAACAUAAUAAUUAUUUUUUUUUUAUCGUUCUCACUGAAACAACCUCAAAUUAAUGUCAUGAUUAAUUGAAAUUUCACUUCUAAUGCGAUAAAUGGCCGAUAAUUGCUUUUUUUUAUCAUUAUUUUUUUCCAUACAAGCUGCUGCUGCCUAUAUACGGUAGUAUGCAGUGUUUUUUGAGGGAACAGUACAAUAUUACAGAGUGGGGAGAAUGUAAACAAUUGAAUAUUGACUAAAUUAAAAGAUUGCAUCGGUUAUUUGUUAAUCGAUUAUGGAAGAUUAUGUUGGUUCUAAGUUAAUUUUUAGUUGAUUAAUUGCCUUUAUUGAUUAAUUAGGCAUGUUUAGGUAACUCCCAAAAAGUUUAUACAGAUUGAUCGAUGGCGUUUAACGUUAAAUGCUAUAUAAUGCAUAAAUAUAUGAGCUGAUUUUGCUCAUUUCCCAAACUUUCUAAAGCAAAUUUAUUUCAAAUUUAAAUAAAAUGCAUUAAAUUGAAUAAAAUACUUAUUAUAAAACAUUCAGCUUAUUCAAAAACACAGUGAAAGAGUAAGUAAAAGAAUGCUUAAACAAAUUUAAUAGCCUCAGCUAUAUAUAUUAAUAUUAGCCACGCCCCUCCCUAUAGAGUGCAGUGUUAAUGGUGGUUGAUGGUGGUGAGGCUGUGUAUGGAGGUGUGUGUGUGUGUGUGGGCGAUUCUGCAGUGAUGAUAUUGGAUUGGACGUAAAGGUGUAAAGUGUGAACUGCAGUGGUGUGACUGAGAUACUGAGUUACUGAGAUACUGAGUUACUGAGAUACUGAGUUACUGAGGCUGAUGCCAUUCCCUCUCUCCUCCCCUUUAAUGAUCUACUGCAGCGUUUCCCAGUCCUGCUCCAGUUUAACCAAGUUUUUAAAUUCAUAUAAAAUAGAAUUCAACACAUUUAUACUGUGUUUAGAUGGUUUAGAUUUCUGUCAAAAUAAUCAGAUUAAUCAGAUUAAUCAGAUUAAUCAGUGUUCAGAAUCAUUAAAGAAUGUUUAAGGCCCUAAAUCAUGCUGUAAUAAAUGUAAUAUAUAGAUGAUAUAUUUAUAUACAUAUAUACAUACACCACCGGUCAAACACAGUGUUUUAGAACACCCCUAUUGUUUAAUAGUCCAGUAGCUGCAGUGCAAUUAUAUCUAAUGGUCUUAUAAAAAAAGUCCUUUAUCAUGUUAAUCUGAGCUAAAGGCUAAAGCUGCCGUUGUGUUUCCAUGUGGGUCAGCCAGACGUCUUCCUGUAGCAGUUUUUUUCUCCAGUUUCCAAGACUCUUUUGGCUUCUGUAUCUGUAAUUUCUCUAAAGAAAAGAAAAGAACUUCUACUUUUAAUAGUUACAGAGUUCUCUGUGUUUUAUCUGUCUUUUUCUAGUUAUUAUAAUGAUAAUGAUGAAAGUGUGAAUGUGCUGUAAGUGUGUAAAUGCUGCACUGUUAACCAAUGAAUUGUUUGGUAAAAAUCACCACCCUCUUCUUUUUUUAACUAUAUAUAUAUAUAUUUUUUUGUUUUUAGUUCAUAUGUUUUCCUUGAACAUAAAAAAUCCUUCAUUUUUUUUCUUUAAAACAAAAAAAUAUACACCGUAUUUUGUAUCAUUUCCGGGUAUUGACCGGACCUGAAGAGCUUAAAUAGUAAAAAAUAAAGGGAAAAAAUGGGGGUGUUCUAAAACUUUUGACCGGUAGUGUGUAGUGGAACUCCAGCCACUGUAAUCCAGUCCAGACAGUCUAGGAUUAGGCUCUAAUCCCAUGUUUUACAGACUGGUCUGUAUAGUAUGAGGCCUGGGCUUGUGGCAGUUAUUACACUAUCACUUUAAUUACACUAAUUAAAGUGAUUUAAACUGAUUGCGCUCAUUUUACACAUCUAUUGCAUUUCACAAUUAUAUAUUUACACCAAAAAACAAAGAAAACACGUCCGGUUUGGACGGAAAUCAGGCAAAAGUAUUAAAUUAAAAGAUAAAUUUAAGUUAAAAAGCGGUGAAACUUGGUCUCCUGCAGUGAGGCUGGGAAAUGCUGCUGUUCUGCACUGACUCUCAGCAGGUUUGAGCUCUCACUGUUAGCUUUAGAUAUGAUGUAGGGAUUUGUUUAGAGGAGGGAUGCACCGAAUAUUUGGCAACCGAAAUGAUUUGACUGACUAAAAAUAGGAGAAAAAUCACUUUUAAUAUUCGGCUGAACAUCAUGAGCUUUGUUUCAUCCUAAAAUAUAUACUAAUAUUGAUAAUGAUAGUAUUCAGUAAAUUUUCUAUUUGGAAAUUAUUGUUUAUAUAGUUUUAAAUCAUACCAUAUACCAAAUGUUUCAUUUUGUUCAUUUGUGGUGCAUCCCUAGUUUAGAGUUUUAGUGUAAUUAGUGAAAUAAUGUAAAAAAAAAAAUAAAUACAGCUCAAGUCAAAAGUUUGGACACAUUUUCAUUAAUAUUUGUUCUUUAUUUGUAUUUUUUUUUACUACAUUGUAGGUUAAUAUUAAAUACCUAAAACUGUGAAGGAAUACAUAUAUGAUAUUUAUUUCAAUAUAAGAUUCUUAACAACCUCUAUUCAUGAAUCAAUCAUACACUGAGUGCAGUGAUUAAUUAUUAAUUAUUAAAGAUUAUCUUCACUUUAUCAAAUUAACCCAUAAUAAUUAGAUUUUUAUGUUAAAACUGCAAACUAGGGCUGUACGAUAAAUCAUAUUUUUAACGUUAUCUCAAUAAAACCUGACCCAGACUCUAACAUUAGUCUAAAACUUAAAUCUGACCCUAAAUCUAACAGUUAAAAGGUUAAAGUUGGGGUUGAGGGUUAGAAUGAAUAGAGCCUCAUUUACAUUCAACUAAGAGUUUAAUUGCAUUUAAUUGACAUUUAGUUAAUAGUUAGUUGAGCAUCUAUGGGGCAUCAUCAGUGAACCAUCCUUUUUCUGUUGACCUCAUAUUUGCAUAUGCAUUCUUUCAUAGUUUUGAUAUAUUUAAUAUUAAUCUACAAUGUAGAAAACUAUAGAAAGUAUUAAAUGAGAAGAGAUGUGUCCAAACUUUUGACUGGUACUGUAAAUAAAACUUUAAUAAAAACUUUAAGAGGAUAAAAAGUAGAAACGUAAGGCGGUGGGGCGUGAGAUUACGGUUGAACUGAAAUGUGCCAUAAAAUGACAUUUCAUUAAAAUAUAUUUGAAUGAAAUGAUCUGCAGUACUUUUGUACACUUUUGUACAUUUUGUGUAAAGUGCUGGUGCCAAGUGUGUGUUUUUUUUUCUUUUUUCUUUUCUUUUCUUGUUUUUUUGGUGGGGAAAUUGUAUUUUUAGAGGUACUUUUAAUAAUAUAUUGCUUGGUGGUUUAUCCAGCUUCCCGCCUCUCGCUGGACUCACGCUCACUCCCCUUCACUCCCGCUCACUCCAUUUUUUUUCCCGUGUGUUGAUGGUAAUAUUUAAUGUAAAUCUGAAUUUGAAUUAUGCUGUAUUUCUGUUUCUAAUGUAUUUUUUUCUAAAUGCAGAUUUGAUUUGAUAUGUUUUCUCACUUUAAUGCAGAAACUGAUUCUUUUCCUGAUUUGUUUCACAGUUCACACUCCAGAUCAUAUCAGUUUAAGACAUUUUUAAAUUGAAUUUGAAUUGAAUUUAUAUUUUCAAAUCUAUAUUUUCCUAAGAAAUGUGGACAGUAAAAGUGUGGGAUGCAGGUUUGUCUUGAUAAAAAAGAAAACAUGUUUAUAGAGAUAAAGUGAGAGAAAGCCCUUUCAUAUUUCCGUAUUUUAAAGAUUUAAUCAGUUUUGAUUAGAAAAAUGCUGAACAAAUUUCAAGUAAAUAUAUAAUAAAUAUAUUGGAUUUACAACAGUAAUCAGUUCUACAGUGCUGUGAAAGUGUUUGCCCUGUCAGUAUUCCUAAAUUCUCAAUUUUCCACCUGAUAAAAUGUGUUUUCUCUGUAUCUUACAGUGGUCCACUAUAAAAUCAGAGAAAAUGUGUAGAAAUAAAAAAAAUUCAGUUCAUGGCAAAACACAUUUACACAGCACUUUACUGUAUGUGCAUUAUAAUACUGUACUUUAAUUCUACACAAAAACUUUAAAUUAAUGAUAGGGCUGAGCAAUGUGUUUAAAAUAUUGUAUCAUGAAAUUUAAGUAAUUUGCAAAAUAUAAAUUACAUUUAUUGCAACAUUACAUUCUUAACAACCUCUAGUCCCUUAAUUGAUGUAUUUAAAAAAAAAAUGCUGCUUUUAUCAAAUAAAAACCAUAAUAAUUACAUUGUUUAAUAUGGCUGUACGCUAAAAUGUAUUUUUAUUAAUACUAUAAAAUUUCCUUCUCUAUAAACAGGAAAAAAAGCUGCGAUAUCGAAAUUUAAAUUUGCACUACCCAAGUAGUGCUGUAUGAUAAAUCGCAUUUUUAACGUUCUCAUGAUUAUGACAAUAUUAUACAUAACAUCAUAAAUAACAGCAAACUUAACCUGCACUACCCAAGUGCACAGGGCUGUGUUCAAUACAUCAGAUUUUUAUUGGUAUCACGAUAUUCAUGUUUCAAUGUGCUUUUCAUAAAAAAAUGUAUAACAGGAAAAUAUAAUUUAAAUCAAUUUAGGAUCUUAAUUUAUGUUGUUUCACAUCAAUAUUGAUAUGGACGAAAUAUUGAUAUAGAAAUGACCGACUGCGAUAUUGCACACAUUGUGUUUUUUGGGUUUUAAUAAAAGUGUUAUUUAUGAUUUAAAACGCAGUUUAUCAUGAUAAAGUACAAUAUCUUCACAUUGCUCAGCUCUGAUUUCCAGCAGUUCCUACUUUUAUACUGCAUAUAGUAUAAUUAUAUGUUCUGGAAAAAAAUAACGUUAAUUUGAUUUACUGUUAAAUUCACUGAUUUUAAGUAGAAUAACCUGCAUUAAAAUCAGCAAGAGGAUCGUUUUUAUACUUUUCGAAGAGGCUGAAUCUGUUCUGUGUGGAUUAUUAUUAUUAUUAUUACUGUUUGUACUGUAACCCUUUAAUGCUUGACUUUAUAACUGUUUAAAAAAAUCAGAAGGUUAAAUCUCAAUUUAGUUUUUUCAAAUAUCUUUUUUUUGUUGGCAGAAAUACUGUAAAUCACUCCUGCACAAAAAACUCCGCCAUAUUUUAUACUAAUCUACCCGCUGUUUAUAAUAUCGCUGUUCUUAUUCUGCCCGUAUGAAUUUACCCAUAUUGGGUUUCAGUAAACGGUUUAAAAAUGGUUUAAUUCAGAUUCUGCUACACAUCAAACAACCCAAGCUUCUUCUGAUCUGUUUUAGUCUUUAGAUUUUUAUUUUUAGAAGUUAAUAAUUGAAUAAUUGUACGGAAUCAGUGUGAAAAUCACAGUAAUCAACCAAUAACUCAAACUACAGCAGUGUGUGUGUGUGUUAAUACAGUAUACUGGUGAAAUCACUAUAUUGUGCAAAGAACUGAAUUUGUGAAUUUGAUUUGAUUCUUUCUCACAGUAUCUCAACUUUUAGAACUAAUAAAAUGUUAGAUUUCAGGUUCAUUUUGAUUUUAAUGCUUCCUUAAUUAAAAUAAAAGAAUAUAUUGAGUUUU